UGCAGGCAGUCUUAUGGAGACGCGCUGUGUGAGUUGUGGACACGUGGCUGUCAACAAGCGGAGCCCCAUAUGUGCUGCCCUAAAGGACAAAGGCGCACCUGACGCAGAUGUUGCUGAUGCCCAGAUUCCUGUGGAUAAACUACCAAGGUGUGGCGAAAGAGACUGCCGCGGUCUUCUGAGACCCAACGUGGUGUUUUUCGGAGAAACCAUGGACUCUCAUAUCCUGACCAAGGUGGAAGAACAGAUGGAAACCUGUGAUCUCUGUCUGGUGGUGGGCACAUCUUCCAUUGUUUACCCAGCAGCCAUGUUUGGGCCCCAGAUUGCUUCAAGGGGUGUCCCAGUGGCGGAAUUUAACACCAAUACAACUCCAAAAACUGAGUACUUCACGUUCCACUUCCAGGGUCCAUGUGGAACAACGCUUCCCCAGGCUUUGGCGCAACAUGAAUCGGAGGGUAUUUAAGUUUGUAAAAAUAAUUACUUUACAAACAGUAACCAGCGGCUUCUUCUACAUACUAAUGCAAUCAAAGGCUCGUGGGUGGUGCAUAGCAUUAUUUUUCUUCAAAUGUUUGCCUUACAAUAAGUUGUUUAUCCUUGGUAGAUGGAGGGUUAAGCUUAGAAUUUAGCUUGUUUGAACUUGGAGAUGGAUAUCUUAAUACUUGAAUAUACUGUAUAGCUGGAUAAACUGGAAAUGGGGUUUUGUAUGUUUUACAUAUUUACUGCUUUGAGUUAGGCAGGAGCUAUGCAGUUUGGUAUACCAUAGGGAAUGCACUAUGUGUAGUUAUUUGCAUUGGAUAUUGUAUCCUGAGAUAUUAGAGGGUAUUACUAUUCCAAUAUAAUGUUGCGUAUAAGAUGCUGGUGAGGAAUUGUCCUAUUUUGCUGUUUAUCAAAACAAAUGACUUCUGAUGCAAAUGGAGAAUAUUCAUUGUUUCUCUACUGAACAGAACCUAAUCUUGUGCCUUUCAAAACUGUUUACACAACCUUGACCAAAGGCUUGCUUUAAACCUUUAGUGCAAAUCAACCAAUGUUACAGUUUCAGAGUUUGCUUUGACCAAGGACAGAGAAGGUAGAGAGGGGGAAAUGUUCUCUGUUCAAUCCUAGCCUGAUGCCGCAUAAACUCCUUCUCAUGCUGUUUGUAGGAAAUCAAUAGGUACAUGUCAUGGGUUAUUCAAAAAUAGAUAGUGUUUUUUGCUUUUUCAAAUAUAUGUUUAACUGUUGAUAGAUAAAAAUGAAAGCAAUCACAUAUUUGAUAACCCUAACGCUGCCUUUAAGCAUCACGCACAAUUCCUUGAUGUUGAUGAAAACUUCCAAUGCAAUAAUAGAGAAUGUUAUUAUUAAAACACUAAAUGUAC